AUAGCAUAAAGCGACCAUGACAUUACCAAGUACCGACGGCAGUUUAGGAAACCACAAGGACCAUUCUCAUAACGACAAAUAUCAACAGAGAUCCGACAUGGAGGAGCGUGCUGGAUAUCACACUAAAAGAAAGUACAGGCGUACAUCCUAUGUUUCUCUUCUAAUUCCCGAGGACGUGGGCUUCCUAAGGACAGACGAAUCCCCGACAAGAGAAGUGUCGACCAAUACGUUCUUCUCGACGGACAAAUAUCCCUCCUUGACCACACUGUGUGAUGAACUUGACUCAUGCGACCUGUCUGAUCUACAAUUCCGUGGACAACAAGAAUCAAACAGCAUUCACAUUAACAAUACACGUUAUGCACAGAAUGUAGCCUGUAAUAGUGAAGAAUUGUUUGUUAAAGACGAGGACGGCGAUACGGCUUUACAUCUUGCAAUUAUUUUGGAAUACCUUUUGCUGAAUGCACGGGUAUCCGGUUGAAAAGAUAGGCCGGCAUGAAGCCCCGUAUAGCUGAGUGCAGUACAGCUGAGUUUGUGUGUAGAUCUUUGGAAUGUCUUUAUAGCUACAACACGAAUAGGUAUGAUCAGAGUGCACGGGUGUCAGUCAUUUUCUCAACUUGUGUCAUCGGAAGUGAUGGACACAUUGUCAAUAAAACCUUUAAACAACCAACAAAAUGAUCGAAAUGAAAACGAAGAACAUAUUGAUUGAGAAAUAUUUGAGGAAAGGUGACUGGUUCAGAACGGAGACAAGUUUAAUGGCAGUGAAUCGUAUCGUUUAGAGGAUAUGAAGCAGUAGCAACACAACACUCUGAAGAAACCAAUGAUAGAUAAUUUUUGAACGAUAAAAAGUAUUCAGAUGUAGCUUCGCCAAAUCUAGAUCAGAUGAGGGCAGCUAAAGAGAAUACAGUGAAGUUAUGCUACUCAAAAGAGUGCCCUUUAUGCAAAACGAUCGCCAAAUUGGGAUUUUUUCUUAAUCCUGGUUGACGUACUAGAUUUAAGAAGCAUUUAAACAUGCAAAUAAACUGUAUUGAUGUCAAGCUCUAUCUUUCUUUUAUGUUGAUUUUAUAUGUACGAUUUCUUACGAAAUCAAUGUUAACCCUGCAUGGUAUUCUAGUUCUGAGAACACAUUGUUAACAUGGUACUAAUAGUAUAAACAACGAAGCUUUAUAUGUUUGUAGCGUGUUGUUGUGUUUGCUUUGAUAUCCUGAAGAUAUAACUAGAAAUGGUAUGUGGUGAAAGAGUUAAUUGAUGCACAUUAUGCCUUUUGUGUUUGAAUUAUUUGUGUACAAAAGCCCCAUUUAACAUUCUAACUGUACUAUGAGUAUGAUAACGUAUCACGUUUCUAAAGCAUUAAUAUGAUGCCUUACAAAGUUC